CUCUAACACAAUGUCCAGAUGUCCAGGAAGUAAACAAACCAUCCGACCUACGAUAAAUUAUAUCUUACAGUAAAAUAGGCGUAUUUGUAUCCAGCGAUGAGCUCAUCAACUUGCCGUGUAUGCCUAGAGAGCUGUGAAAACAUGGUCAACGUUAUUGAAGGGGAGCAUGAAGCUGGAGUUUCCAUUGCCAGGAUGAUUUUUGAGUGCACCGGCUUUAAACCUGAGAAAGGAGAUCGACUCCCGGAAACCAUUUGUACCUUCUGCCUUCAGGAUGCGCGAAAUGCAUUCGAUAUAAAGAAGACCUACGAAAGGAGCUCCCGCCUGUACUGCCAGUUAAAAAGUAGUUCCACAGAGGGGGGCCUUUGUACUCACCAGAAUUUCGAGCUUGUUAAGGAGAAGGACCCCUCAGACUUGACUGGCAAGAAGGAACAACCUCUGCAGUUCGCUGUGCAAGUGAAGGAAAAAGACUUUAGAUACGUGCCAAGCAGGGAGGAGCACCUAACAGACCAAUGCCUCGUAAAGAACGAGCCACUCGACGAAGAAGCGUUGGAGGAAGAGCACAGUUCAAGUCCCAUUUCAGACAGCGGCAUUAUUCAGUCCGAAUGCGAGGUGAAGAUCGAGGAGGAUGACGAUUCUGAUAGUGAUGGAAACUUUGAGCCUGGGUGCAAUGAUAAUGAGGACGACAGCACACCCAAAUGCUCUCACUGCCCGCAGAUAUGUACUUCGAAGAAAGACCUUAAGCGACAUUGGCGUGUCCACGCAGAAGAACGACCCUUCAGGUGUACCCAGUGCUCAGCGGCUUUUGCGAGGAAUGGCAAUCUCAAAACACACAUGCAAACGCACACGGGAGAACGGCUGUUCAAGUGCACCCAGUGCUCGAAGGCCUUCAAACGUAACUCCCACCUGCAGGAUCACCUGCGUGUUCACACAGGCGAACGACCCUUCAAGUGUCCCCAGUGCCCGAAGUCCUUCAAACACAACACACAACUCUACUAUCACAUGCGAAUGCACACAGGCAAUCCUCUUAAGUGUACCUACUGCCCAAAGUCUUUUGCCAGGAAUUAUAAUUUACAGAUUCACUUGGCGAGCCACACAGGAGAACGACCGUUUGGGUGCACUGAAUGCUCAGCGACUUUUGUGCGGAAUGCCAAUCUGCAGGAGCACAUGCGAACGCACACUGGAGAGCGACCCUUCGAGUGCUCCCAGUGCUCCAAAACUUUUACCAAGAAGACACAUCUUCAGGAACACCUGCUGGUUCACACAGGAGAACGACCGUUCAAGUGUGAGCACUGCCCAAAGGAUUUUACGCGUAACUCACACCUUCAAAAUCACUUGCUAGUGCAUUCGGGAGACCUUUUAAAAUGUACAAUCUGCUUUAAAACGUUCGGAAGUAAUGCGCACCUAAAGCUUCACCUGGCAGUCCACUCAACGGAACGACCAUUUAAGUGUACCCACUGCUCGGCGGAUUUUACGAGGAAUGAUUCUCUCAGGACACACAUGCGAACGCACACAGGACAACGACCGUUCAGCUGUACCCAGUGCUCAAAAACUUUUUUCACGAACGCGCAUCUGCAGGGACACCUGCGUGUACACACUGGAGAACGGCCGUUUAAGUGCACCCAUUGCCUAAAAGCUUUCAAGGAUCAAUCGUACCUCCAGGUACACAUUCGUAUCCACACCGGCGAACGACCCUUUAACUGUUCCCACUGCUCAAAGAGUUUCUCCCAGAGUUCAAGUCUGAAGCGACACUUGGAAACCCACAAGGGGAGAUGAGUGUCGUAAGAUUUUACAAUAAGCUUUAACUAUAAGUACCCGUUGUUUAAAAAUUUGUUAAAGUAUUGUAUAGGUAAUAGAAAGUUUCAAAUAUGUUCAUUGUAGGGACCAAGAAAUAUUUUUAAACCGAUGAUUGAAAUGUGUAUGUGUGUGUAGGUACCACACCGACUAAAUUUGUUUUAAAAAUAUUCUUUUGAAACCAUAAAUGAUGAACUACAAAAAUA